CAUCUGUCAAUCAAUCAAUCAUCCCCGGCCUGUCAGGUUCAGUCAGAUCAAUUACGCUGCCCUAUUCUGUACUAGUUAAGAAGACUUUACGCAUUUCAAUUGACAAGUUUACAAGCUUCCAAUUUUCAUUACCAUUUUACUUUUAGUUUUACAAUUUUUUCCAUUUUUUUUCAUUUCAUUUUAAAUGUCCAACGAUAUCCCUAUUGACUUCACGGAGUUGACCCAGUUGACCCUGCUAGGCAUCCAGCAGAGCUCGCUAGACUCCAAGUCGACCACCUUGGAAUCGGACCACUAUGUCUGUGUUCGUGAGUCUGGGCCCUCUGGAAACACCGUGGCCAUCAUUGACUUGAAAAACAACAACGAAGUCACAAGAAAGAACAUGUCUGCUGACAAUGCCAUCUUGCACCCCAGCCAAUUUGUCAUUUCCUUGAGAGCCAACGGCACCACGUUGCAAAUCUUCAACUUGGGCACCAAACAGAAGUUGAAGUCAUUUUCCUUGGCUGAGCCUGUUGUGUUCUGGAAGUGGAUCUCUGAUGAGUACUUGGGGUUGGUAACAGGCAGCUCCAUCUACUACUGGAACAUCUUUGACGGCACUGAUAACGGACCCGUCAAGUUGUCAGAGAGACACGAUUCGUUGAACAACAGUCAAAUCAUAAAUUUCGUAGCCGAGCCUAGCUUAAACUGGUUUGCCGUGACUGGUCUCGCUCAGGAAAACGGUCGUGUCGCUGGUCACAUCCAGUUGUACUCCAAGACUAGAAACGUUUCGCAAGCCAUUGAAGGUCAUGUUUCCAAGUUUGCCUCGAUCAGAUUAACCGGUGCUGCUGCUCCUACCAAGGUGUUCUGCGUAGGUAACAAGAACGCUCAAGGUCAAGGUAACUUGCAUAUCAUCGAGAUCGACCAUGUAGACGGAAAUCCACCCUUCCAGAAGAAGAGUGUAGAUAUUUUCUUUCCUCCAGAUGCCGCUAACGAUUUCCCCAUCAGUUUGCAAGCUUCUGACACUUAUGGUAUCAUCUACGUGUUGACCAAAUAUGGUUUCAUCCACUUGUACGACAUGGAAACUGGCUCCAACUUGUUCGUCAACAGAAUCACGGCCGAUCCAGUGUUUACUGCUGCUUCCUACAACAAUGGAACCGGUAUAAUCACCAUAAACAGAUCGGGUCAGGUGUUGAGUGUAGAAGUUUCAAAGGACAAGAUCAUUCCUUAUGUCUUGGAAAAGUUGUCUAAUGUACCUUUAGCUUUGGCUUUAGCUUCUCGUGGCGGCUUCCCUGGUGCUGAGAACUUGUUCCAGCAACAGUUCCAGAACUUAUUGAACCAGGGCGAUUACACCAAUGCUGCCAAGGUUGCUGCUUCUUCCGAACAAUUGCGUACCCAAGACACUAUCAACAAGUUGAAGCACAUAACACCUCAACCGGGCCAGAUCUCGCCUCUCUUGCAAUACUUCUCAACAUUGUUGGACAGAGGUACCUUGAACAAGUACGAGUCCAUCGAGUUGGCCAAACCCGUGUUGCAACAGGAUAGAAAGCCAUUGUUUGAGAAGUGGUUGAAGGAAGAGAAGUUGACCUGUUCUGAAGAGUUGGGUGAUAUUGUCAAGUCCUACAAUGACACUGCCUUGGCUUUGGCUGUGUACAUCAGAGCCAACGUUAACAUCAAGGUCGUAUCCUCUUUGGCUGAGUUGGGCCAGUUCGACAAGAUCAUUCCCUACUGUGAAAAGGUUGGCUACAACCCUGACUACACUAACUUGAUCCAGAACUUGGUUAGAGUCAACCCAGACAAGGCUAGCGAGUUUGCUACCUCUUUAUUGGCCAGGCCAGACAUCCAAAUCAAUGCUGAAAACAUUGCUGAUUUGUUCUUCUCUCAGAAUUACAUUCAACAGGGUACAGCCUUCUUGUUGGACUACUUGAAGAACGACGCUCCUUCUGAGGGCCAUUUGCAGACCAAGGUGUUGGAAAUUAACUUGUUGCAUGCCCCACAAGUAGCUGAUGCCAUCUUGGGUAACCAGAUGUUCAGCCACUACGACAAGCCCACCAUUGGUAAGUUGUGCGAGAAGUCCGGUUUGUUCCAGAGAGCUUUGGAACACUAUGAUGACUUAAAGGAUAUAAAGAGAGUCAUUGUCCACACGAAUGUUUUGGCCAACGACUGGCUUGUAUCUUACUUUGGCCAAUUGAACGUUCAACAGUCUGUUGCUUGUUUGAAGGAGUUGUUGGGAAGCAACAUGCAACAGAACUUGCAAGUUGUGAUCCAAGUUGCCACCAAGUACUCUGAUUUGAUUGGUCCCUUGACUUUGAUCAAGAUCUUUGAAGACUACAAGUGUACUGAAGGUGAAUAUUACUAUUUGUCUUCAAUUGUCAACUUGACCCAAGAACCCGAUGUUGUUUUCAAGUACAUCCAGGCUGCUGCUAAAAUGAACCAGACAAAGGAAAUUGAAAGAGUUGUCAGAGACAACAAUGUUUACAACGGUGAAAAGGUCAAGAACUUCUUAAAGGAAUUCAAAUUGGACGACCAGUUGCCUUUGAUCAUUGUUUGUGACAGAUUUAACUAUGUCCAUGAUUUGAUUUUGUUCUUGUACAAGAAUCAGUACUUCAAGUUCAUUGAGGUCUACGUUCAGUCGGUCAACCCAGCCAACACCCCACAGGUUGUUGCUGGUUUGUUGGAUGUUGACUGUGACGAAGCUAUAAUCAAGAACUUGUUAUUGACUGUCUUAGGAAGAGUUCCUAUCAAGGAGUUGGUAGCUGAAGUUGAAAAGAGAAACAGACUCAAGAUAUUGUUGCCCUUCUUGGAGAAGACUUUGGAGGGAGGUUCCAACGAUCAGGAAGUCUACAACACUUUGGCUAAGAUCUAUAUCGAUUCUAACAACUCUCCGGAGAAGUUUUUGCAAGAAAACAACAACUACGACACUUUGGCUGUUGGUAAGUACUGUGAAAAGAGAGAUCCCUACUUGGCUUACAUAGCUUACUCCAAGGGUGGUAACGAUGAUGAGUUGAUCAACAUCACCAACGAGAACAAGAUGUACAAAUACCAAGCCAGAUACUUAUUGGCAAAGUCUGACUUUGACUUGUGGAAUUCUGUUUUGGUAGAGGGCAACGUUCACAGAAGACAGUUGGUAGACCAAGUCAUCUCAACCGGUAUUCCUGAAUUGAAUGAUCCUGAACCUAUCUCGAUCACCGUUAAGGCUUUCAUGGAAAACGAUUUACCUCAAGAAUUGAUUGAGUUGUUAGAAAAGAUUAUUCUUGAGCCAUCUCCUUUCAAUGACAACACCUCCUUGCAAGGAUUAUUGAUCUUGACUGCUAUCAAGGCUGACCCAUCCAAGGUUUCUAACUAUAUUGAGAAGUUGGACAAGUUUGAUCCAGUCGAGAUUGCUCCAUUGUGUAUUGACAACCAGUUGUAUGAAGAAGCCUUUCAGGUCUACGACAAGUUUGAAUUGAGAUCUGAUGCCAUGAAGGUUUUGGUUGAAGACAUCAUGUCCUUGGACAGAGGUGAGCAGUACGCUGAAAAGUACGAUACUUCUGAAUUGUGGUAUCAAUUGGGUACUGCUCAAUUAAACGGUUUGAGAAUUCCAGAAGCUAUCGAUUCUUAUGUUAAGUCUAAGAACCCAGAAAACUUUGAACAAGUUAUUGAAAUCGCUGAACAUGCUGGUAAAGAAGAAGAGUUAGUCAAGUUCUUGGAUAUGGCCAGAGAAACUUUGAGAGAACCAGUCAUUGAUGGUGCUUUGAUUAACUCUUAUGCUACUUUGGACAAGUUGAGCGAGAUUGAAAAGUUUGUUGGUGGAACCAAUGUCGCUGACUUGGAAUCUAUUGGUGACAAGUUAUUCGAAGCUAAGAACUACAAAGCUGCUAAGAUCUUGUAUUCCAACAUCUCCAAGUACUCCAAGCUUGCAACCACUUUGGUUUACUUGGAAGACUACCAAGGAGCUGUUGACUGUGCUAGAAAGGCAUCCAACACUAAUGUUUGGAAACAGGUCAACUCUGCCUGUAUUGAAAACAAGGAGUUCAGGUUGGCUCAAAUUUGUGGUUUGAAUUUGAUUAUCGAUGCCGAAGAAUUGCCUGAAUUGGUACAGACUUAUGAGCACAACGGCUACUUUAAUGAGUUGAUUGCACUUUUCGAAAGUGGUUUAGGUUUGGAAAGAGCCCAUAUGGGUAUGUUCACUGAAUUGGCUACCUUAUAUGCGAAAUAUAGCCCUGAAAAGGUUAUGGAACACUUAAAAUUGUUCUGGUCCAGAAUCAACAUUCCAAAAGUGUUGACUGCGUGCGAGGAGGCCCACUUGUACCCUGAAUUAAUUUUCUUGUACUGCCAUUACGAAGAAUGGGACAAUGCUGCUUUGACUAUGAUUGAAAGAUCCGAAGUUGCUUUUGAUCAUGCUUCCUUUAAAGAAAUCAUUGUCAAGGCUCCUAACUUGGAAAUCUACUACAAGGCUAUUCAGUUCUACAUUAAUGAAAACCCAUCUUUGUUAGUUGACUUGUUGUCUGUUUUGACACCAAAGUUGGACUUGCCUAGAGUUGUUAGAAUCUUUGUUAAGACCGACAACUUGCCAUUGAUCAAGCCAUUCUUGAUCUCGGUUUUGGAAAAGAACAACUCUGUUGUCAACUCUGCUUACCACGAUUUGUUGAUUGAAGAAGAAGAUUACAAGUCGUUGAGAUCUUCUAUCGAAAACGAAACCAACAACAGAUUCAACAAGUUGGACUUGGCCGAGAGAUUGGAGAACCAUGAUCUCGUUUUCUUCAGACAGAUUUCCGCUACUUUGUUCACUAAGGAAAAGAAAUUCAACAAGGCUAUCUCUAUCUUGAAGAACGACAAGUUGUGGCCGGAUUUGAUUAGAACUGUUGCUAUCUCGAAAUCCCAAAAGAUUGCUCACGAAGCAUUGGACUACUUCGUUGAAACUGGUAACCAUGAAUGUUUUGUUGCUUUGUUAUUUACCUCUUACGACUACAUUUCUUACGACUAUGUGCUUGAAUUAUCGUGGUUGCAUAACUUGGGUAAUUUCAUCAAACCAUACGAAAUUUCCAUUGUCCACGAAAAUCAAAAGAGAAUUAACGAAGUAUACGAAGAUUUAAAGAAGAGAAGAGAAGCCGCCAAGCAAGAAGAAGAGCAACCCACUAUUGCUCAACCAUUGAUGAUUACCAAUGGUUCCAUUGGUGCUAAUGUCACCGGCUUGGGCUACCAAGCCACAGGCGUUGGCUUUGGAAACGCUUUUUGAUUGAAGUUGAUGAUAUGGAACUAAUGCAUUUUUAUCUUUAUUUUGACACUACUACCACCACAACCACCUUCCCCCAACUGAUUGAUUGAUUGAUUAAAAAGUAAAAAAUGUCCUGUUUUAUAAUUAUAGACUUUGCCAAAGUGUCUCCGCCCAAGUUCAUUUCUAGUAUUGUUUUACACUUGAGUUCAGCUUUAUUUAGAUGACUACAUUAUAUAAAAUUAAAUUCGUUGUUUAUUGUUUG